UUGAAAGGAGGAACUAACCUACAAACAACAUUCGGCGCGCCAUGACUACAAGUAUGUUACUCUGACAUCAAUGAUCUAAGUGACAUCCUAAAAUACACACGAUUAGUCUGGCAAAAUCUCUCAGACACGGGACGGAUUUCUCUCGGGUCAGAAACCGUCAAUGCGUUCUGAGAUCGAAGCGAGACAAGCCAAGUGAAUGCCAGCACAUCUGUGCCGGAGAGAGACGGAAAGAACCAACGCGUGCACACAGCAGGAGGAGUUGUCGACGGUUGGGUAGAUCAUCGCCAACAUGUCAACGGUUACGGCUUCGGUUGUUGAUGGUUCCAGAACUAUUUAUUCAAUCCAAAAUGGAAACCGUGGCCACAAUAAUACAGGCCAGUGCAAACCCAUGCCCCUGCCGGCACUGGGCACCCAGAAGAUCGUUCAGGGGAAUGGGACUGAGGUGGGCACGGUGAUCACCCUGCAGUGCCCGCCCAGACACCGCCUGGUCGGGGCUAACGCCGUGUCCUGUGUCUGGGGCAGCAACACCACCCACUGGUCAGGAGGCUCCCCCUGGUGUAAACCGGUGUCUCUGUCUGAGGACUUUGGGUUCCGCGUGGCCGUGAUGGCCUCCAUCAUCAGCUGUGCCAUCAUCCUCCUGUUGUCCAUGGCCUUCCUCACCUGCUGCCUGCUUGACUGUGUCAAGGAAGGAGAGAGGAAGAAGGACAAGAGGGAUACGGAUCUGUGGCACCAGCUGGAGCAAGUGGAGCAGGAGGGAAACAGGGCCUCUCGCUAUGGUCACAAGGGCAGGAACAAUAAUAACAACACCACCAACCAGAUGAAGACACUAUCAGCAUGGGACAACCAUGACCCUUCAUCGAUUGACCACAGGAUACCCAACGGGGGUAUCCAUUCCAUUAGCAGUCCAGUCUCGGCACCAGGCUUCUGCUCGGCCCUCAACUCAGCUCUUCUCCCCUGCAGAGGCUACAACCAGCCCCUCCACUUGCACAACCAAGGACUCCACCAUAAGUCAGGUCUCAUGCACAAUCCAGGCCUACUUCCAAACUCCAUAGGGCCACUGUAUCCAGGUGUACCUCAGACCCCGUGCCUGGCCCAGAACCCAGAGGUACUCCCAGCCUCAGGCCUAACCUGGCAGAAUGGGGGACAGAAGGGCAGCCUUUCUGGGAUGAGCACUCCACUCCCAGAGAAGGACUACGGGAUAUGUCCUCAACCCUACUAUGACCAGGAGCACCCCAUAAAGGUUAUAUCUGUCUGAUGUCACAACCAGGUGACCAUGACUGGGUGUAGACCAUAGGGGAUGUGGAUAAACGAUAAUGGACCAAGAAACUGUAAUCAAUAUCCAAUUGGGGAGUUGGACAUUCACCUUAAUAGUGACUGAGCCUUUGCUAUUAUCGGCAGAUUCAAUUGCCAGUUGGAUGUAAUCGAUAUUUGUCGCACUGGGGCGGUCAGUUGGGGACCAGUAAAAUAAUUAUGAAAAAUAAUAUUUUGAAUCAGGGGUUCCCAAACUGUGGGUUGCGACCAUGAAUUGUCCUGAUGGGUUUCAUUACCAUUUGUCUUUUUAUGUUAUGGAUUUCUACACUGAACAAAAUUAUAAAUGCAACACUUUUAUUUUUGCCCCCAUUUAUCAUGAGCUGAACUCAAAGAUCUAAGACUUUCUGUAUGUACGCAAAAGGCCUUGUUCUCUUAAAUAUUGUUCACAAAUCUGUCUAAAUCUGUGUUAGUGAGCACUUCUUCUUUGCUGAGAUAAUCCAUCCACCU